UGGCGCAUGCGCAGCCGGCCAGCAUCCCGGAAGUUGUGUUUGCUUGCUUAGCCCACAAUAUGCAUGGCUAUAUCGACUGCCACUGUCACGUCUCCGCGGGAGAUUUCGACAAGGACAUAGAAACGGUUAUUGAGCGCUCCAAACGGGCUGGACUGCUAGCAUUGCUAGCCGUGGCAGAAUAUGCUGGGGAAUUUGACAAGAUCAUUGCCUUGUCACAAAGAUUCCAAGGCUUUGUCUUCCCCUGCCUGGGAGUCCAUCCUGUCCAAGAAGUUUCCUCGGAGCAACCCAGAAGUGCUUCUCUCCAGGAUGUGGAUGCAGCGCUGCCCAUCAUUGACAAAUACAAGGAGCAGCUUGUGGCUCUUGGAGAGGUUGGCUUGGAUUUUACACCCAGAUAUGUGAAAAGCGAGUCCGACAAAGCGAGUCAAAGGCAGGUUCUCAUUCGUCAGUCACAUUUAGCCAAAGAACUGGACCUCCCACUAAACGUUCACUCCCGUUCGGCAGGAAGACCCACCAUCCAGCUCCUGAAAGAACAAGGUGUUGAAAGAGUUCUGCUUCACGCUUUUGAUGGGAAAGUCUCGGUUGCUAUGGAGGCGGUACAGGCCGGAUACUUCUUCUCCAUUCCGCCAUCGAUAAUACGCAGUGAACAGAAGCAGAAACUGGUCAAGCAGUUGCCGCUGGAGAGCAUGUGCCUGGAAAGCGACGCACCGGCUCUCGGACCAGAGAAGCAGGUGAGAAACGAGCCGCAGAACAUUCGGAUCUCCGCCGAGUACAUCAGCCGCAUCAAAGGCGUGUCCGUGGAGAAGGUGAUGGAGGCGACCACACACAACGCACUCCGACUCUUCCCCAAGUUGAAGUGGGCCAUGGAGGCAUGAUGACACCACGGUGUCUUUGGCAAAUACAGUUUCCUUCACCAAGUUCAUUUCCCCUCCCUGGAACUUGAAGUCUUCCUGAUUGGCUCCAACACAGGGGAGUCAAAAGUGCAGCCAGGGGGCCAUUUGUGGCAUGUGACUGUGUUUUUAUUGGCCUGCAUUCUAAAAAUGGAAUAUGAUUUAACUCAAGAAAGUUAACAAAAAUUUAAAAAGCAGCAAAAAUGGAAAAAUCUGCUGUAAUUUUACAAGAUAAAGUCCAAAUAUGAACAGAAAAAAGUUGUAGUUUAACGAGGAAAAAGUCGUAAUAUUAUGAGGAAAAGUAAUGUGAUUGUAUGUCACUUAUCCAUCCGUAUCCUCAUUAGGGUGGCAAGUAUGCUGGAGCCUAUCCCAGCUGACUUUGGACUGGUGGCCAGCCAAUCACAGGGCACAUGUAGACAAACAAUCUAUGUUAUCUAUUUUUUACACAUAAAAUAACAAAGUUGUCAUUUUUGGAAAAUGAGGUUGCAGAAAAGUUUCAGUGUUAAGAAUAAAGAGGAAACAUGAUGGCAAUGAGGUCAGACUUACCAGAAGAAAAUCUACAAGAGGAAACUUGAAAUCGUUUGGGGCGGGAAAACAGAACUGCCCCGCCCACCCCAACAGCCCACCCACCCACACUCUGUCCUUGGGCAAGGGAAGGAACUUCAUUAGGGUCGUCAGGUGGGCACCCGCCUUCAUUGGUGUUUGGAUGAUAGGCCCACUGAUGGGCCCAUGACACCUCCACAGGGCUCAUCAGCAACACCCGCCGUCCCAGGUGUGCCCCCCCCCCCCCCCCCCCCCCCCCUUUUAAGCCCAGCAACGGUUGGCACUGGCUGCUGCCCUGGGCCUGUCCAUGAAUGCCAAGGUCAUCAUGAGUUUGAUUGGUAGAGUCUGUUUCAGAUGGAUAGACCUUGGCCUUCUGUCCUCCUUGUCGUGCAUCUGCUGCCACGUCUGUGUAGCGAUGUUUCUUUGCUUCUUGGCAUCUUGGGUGGAAUCCUUCCAUGGGACUGUGAGCUCUGUGAUGAUGAUGAUGAUGAUGAUGAAGGGGAGCAUGGCACCAAGUCCGGCCUGAGGGUGGUGGUUGAAAUCUCUGGGGGAAAGAUUAGUUGCUUGCUGCAUCUGGCACGCCAGGGCCAAGGCUAGCUGUCCAGCUUCUGGUUUGGUAGGGGGGUGUUAGGCUAUUUCUGUCUUUUCUGUAGCUGUCUUUGCUGCUGUAACAAGUAAAUUUCCCCGCUGUGGGAUAAAUAAAGUACAUACAUUUUCCGAAUGAAUGUUGGCACAGAGAUGGAAUUGGCAGCUCUCAGUGUUCCUGGUGUUCCUCUUGCUCUCAAGGGCUGCUGCCAGACUCUUCAGGACCUGAUGAUGCCUCCAGGUGUAGCGGCCUUGUGUGAGGCUGGUCCUACAACUGAUCAAGAUGUGUUUGAGAGUUGCUGGGUUUGGGCAGGGGGCCAGGUUGGGUCCUCUCCAUACUACUGCUGAAGGUUUUAUGGGGAUGGGAGCGCAUCAUAUGUAGUUGUUAUGAUGACGCUGAUGUUGCUUGCUUCCAUUUCCCAGAGCUGCCUCCAGGUGAGCUUUCUCCUCUCCACACCUUCGCACCUCAUCCAUCGUCCCUGCUUGGCAAGAAGACAGCCUUUGUGCUUCUUUCAGCGUCCUCCUGAUGGCGCACCUCCUCAACCACCAUUUUCCUCCUUUGUGAAGCUGAAGCUUUGCGCCAUGUUGGUUUGUUCACCGCAACACUAAAUCCUCCUGUUCCCAGCUGGACGUGUCCCACCAUGUCGUUGCACUUGGGGCUGACGUAGCGUGCUGCGCUGUCCGUCCCGUUAACGGAGUUGGUGCAGCAUUGCUGAUGCUCUGGUCUCUGGAGGUCUUCAAUGUCAUCUGCAGUCUCGCUUUAGAACACUUGGACUCUUCAGUGAGGCUCGUGAAGGGUAGUUCAAGGAUGCUGAUGGUCGUCAGGCAGAGUGGGACCCCAAGCCACUUCUUUUUAAUGUCAUAUUAUGGUAAACAACAAAAGAAAGUUAUUAUUAUACAUUAUUUGGAAAAUUAGGUUGCGGAAAAAGUUAGAACAUGAUGAGAAUAAAGUCAAAAUAUGGGAAUGAUAUGGGAAGAAAAUGUACUUCAAAGUUGAAAUACUUGUAAACUGUAAAAAAAAAAAAAAAAAGAAGGGGGGGGGGGGUGGAUUUUUCACCAAAAUGGCAAAGCUGAGAUGCAGGGUUUCUUUGGAAAUACAAUAUCUUGUGGCCGUUGCAUCCUUUUAUUUUUCAGUAGUAUUUCACUUUACUUCAGCGCUGAAAGAAAAUCACUUUUUCCGAAUGCUGUCGAUUGAGCAACGAGUCACACGUGUCCACUUCAGGGACCGCCGCCGCUCCGGACACGUCAGCUGUCACGUCGCCAAGCGGGCUGACAGUCGCUCUUAAGCGGCACUCCGGUCUCCGAUGGUGUCGGUCUUUAUGUGGACAGGCUACACUCGGACGAACUUUGCCUCCUUGGCCGCCCCUCCCUCACUGUUAGUGGACCGUAGAAAAGUGUCCUUGAGCGGAGACUAGACCUGACUCGGCGUCAAGUCAAAUGAAGGUGAACCACUUUGUCGGUGUGCGCUCCAGAGCAACAUGACAGGCGACGCGGUGGUCCGGACGGUGGCCUUCGCCUGGAUCAAGCAGGCGGUGGGCCGGGCUCCCGCAGGACUGCUAGCUGGCGCUGGGAGCUUCCAUCCCGGAUCAGUGCGGAUAAGACUAAAGAGAUGAUCAUUGACCCAAGAACAAGGGAAAAGGAGCCGCAUAGACCCUCGUUUAUUGAUGAGACUGAGGUGGAGAGGGUGAAAACCUUCAAGUUCCUUGGCACACACAUCAGCGAGGACCUCACCUGGUCUCACAACACCCAACAAAUUCUGAAGACGUCCCAAAGGAGACUGUACUUCCUGAGAAGACUGAGGAAAUUUGGCAUGUCCACCACAAUCCUGAGUUGCUUCUACAGAUGCACUAUGGAAAGUGUCCUUACCGCCUCCAUCACUGUUUGGUACGGUAACUGUACAACACGUGAUAGGAAGGCACUCCAGCGGGUGAUCAAGACCUCACAGAACAUUGUUGGGGCAGCCCUCCCCUCCCUGCAAGACAUUUAUAAAACUAGAGUCCUACGAAGAACACACAACCUCAUCAAGGACAGCACACAUCCACAACACUCAUUAUUCACACUCCUACCGUCAGGCAGACGCUACAGGAGUUUGAAGUCCAGGACCACAAGGCUGGCAAACAGCUUUUACCCACAGGCCAUCAGGCUUCUCAACGAAGCACUCACACACGCCGCACGCAACACACGCACACACUCAUAGCACUUUAUUUAUUUAUUUAUUUGUAUUAAUGUCUCUUCUGUUUUUGUUACCUAAUUUAUUGGUAUAUAUGUUUAUGUUUCUUAUGUUCUUAUUCUUUCUUGUGUUUUCUUUCUUUUCUUGGGAGAAUGAACAGAAUAAGAUUUUCAUUGCAUGGUAUAGCUGCUGUUUUACCAUGCACAUGACAAUAAAACUCUCUUGAAUCUUAAAUAUUACAACCUAAAAAAACAUUUUUUUCUUUAAUAUUUCAAUUUCAUGCUACUAAAAUGAUGGUUUUUUUUUUAUAUUUGGACUUUAUUCUUGUAAAAUUACUGCUGUGUUUGAAAUUUUUGCUGCUGUUGUGUUUUAGUUUUGUUGUUAAAAUAUACUUUUAGAAUGUGCCACUGGUCCCAAAUAGAAAAUAAGACAUAUUAGACAAAGAAAACCUGUUUACCACUUUCUAAAUCCACUUGUUGACAUUAGAGUCCUCCAGACAUGCAAUAACACCCCUACAGUCACCUUUACACUCCUAUUGCCCAAUAUAGUAGACAUAGUAAGAGAAAAUAAGACAGUUUACCUUGUAGGGAAGCAGAGUGAGUGGCAGACAGGAAGUGAGCUUGUUGUAGCCGUGUUGUGAUUAUUAUUAUGCCUGUUGUGAGAUGAUUUAAACCUGCACUGUUCAAGUGUGGUGCUUCGGUGGUGGUCUCAGUAUAGAGUACUACAAUCACAACCUGGUGGUCUUAAUGGCUGAUAUUCUUUGGAUUUUAGUCCAUGGAGUCACUUUUAUGCUUGAGAAGGUUUCAUUUGGGCAAACUACAUACAAUUAGCUUCAGUGUGCUUACUUUUUUGCUAAUAAGAGGCUGUGGUCAACCAAAAACAGCAACCAUUCAUGAGAUCAUGUUGGAGAAGCCGCGAUGUAGCGAGGGACUGCAUGUAAGAAUUCAGAGUGAUUUGGGGUGCAUGAGAAAGUGGACUGCUCAGUCAGCGUUAAUAAAUGUAGUACGCAUGACAGCUGAAUAGCAACAUUUUAAAGCACAUGCAGAGCCAGACAAAGCACUUCAUAUGCUUUUACAGCCCGAUUGUAAAGUUCAUAAAAACUCCAUCAGGAGGUUGCCUACAGUCACAGCUGUUAAUGUGUGGGACUGCAGGUAGUUGACUAGAGGCAUUAAUUGGAGCAUUGGUGGCUCUCACAGGAUGUUUAUGGCGACGGUGCAGCCUGAAGUGAGAAGUAUCAUGUCGCUGUCGAUGUGAUCACCGCCAUCUGUGAUCCUCCGCACGGCCGACCAGACCAGCACCGCCGUCACGGUCCAGAUGGACAUGAGUGACAGCAGCAUGCCGAGAAUCUCUGAUGGACAGACACCAGUCAUCCAGUCAAACUACCAACAGCACACAAGUCCAUUGAUAGGGGGUCACCUGUUUGAUACCAUCCAAAGGUCAUGGUGGGGGUGGGCGGCGGCCUGAGACCCACAGAGAGAAGAUGCUCACCGCGAUGCUUCCACCGUCAGCCAGGAGGUGUGCGGCGUCUGUCAUGAUGACCGUGUGCAGCACACCCGCCUGCCAUCAGACAAACAUCUCCAAUGACUCAUACUGACUGGAACACACCACCAUCACGACAUGUCAUCCAUGCACAACCCAUAGCAAUCAAACAUUUUCAAAGUUCACACCACAUUCAACAAUCCUACACUCUCAGCAAGGUCCCUGAGGGUGCACGGGACUUCCCAACCAGUCUGCAUGUGUUUUGUAGACUUGGAGAAGGCAUUCCACCCUGUUCCUCAAGAAAUUCUCUGGGCUGUCCCUUGGCGAUAAGGUGAGAAGGACUGUCAUCCGGGAGAAACUCACAAGACACGCUGAACCAGAUGAGGUGGCUCAGGCAUCUGGUCAGGACGCCUCCCUGGGGAGGCGUUCAGGGCACGUCCAACUGGUAGGAGGCCUCGGGGAAGACCCAGGACACGUUGGAAAGACGUGUCUCUCUCAACUGGCCUGGGAACACCUCGGGAUCCGCUGGAAGGAGCUUGACAAAAUUGCCGGGGAGAGGGAAGUCUGGGCUUCCUUGCUUAGGGUGCUGCCCCCGCCCAGCCUUGGAUGAGCAGAAGAAGAUGGAUGGAUGGAUGGCAACACAUUCAGGAGACAACUACUGCUUUGUAAGAAUGCUGUUCGAAUACUUGGAUUACAUUGUGAACCAGUCUUGAAUCAUACUUGCUCAUUCCACACCAGUGUAGCUGGAACACAAUAGGAAUAUUAAGAAUACUGUUGGAAUAUUUACAAAGCACUCCCAACGCCGUACGAGUGCCGUUCUAUUGCUGCUGGUCUGAUGGUGCAGCAUCAUCAGGAAUAGGCGCUGUAGAUGCCUGUAUAUGUAUAGAUAUAUAUACACACACACACACACUCCCGGAGGGGAAGCGUCCGAGUCGGAGCCGUGUUGGUCAGGAGUGCUGAAAGACAAGACAAGCUGAUGACGACGCACAACACUAGCCGGCAAAAGGUGAGCCGCCUACCGGGAUUCUUGGGACAGCUCCAUCGCCUCUCAAUUGCUGCCAAGGGAAAGUCAGCCACGUGCCACCUGCUCCGACCCGUGUUAUCAGUAAGGAGGUGGAGCACGCUGCCGACCAAUGAGCGUGCAGGUGGACGCAGUGGGAUCAGUGACACCUGAGUUUAUUUAAUCAGAAAACACCUUAACAGUGACAUACUGUACAUUACUGAUUGCUGAUGUCCAACACAUAAUAAACACCAAAGACAAAAGCUCACAAGUUGGAUGAUAUCAUCUAAGGCUUUCUCUUGGGUGCACAUGGAAGAAAACGCAUAUAAAAAGUGGAUUUUGGAUGGACAGGCCAGGACCUAACAGAUGAAAAUGUAGUUUCCAGUCAUUUGAUGAUGUACAUAUUGGAAUGAAUACAUGGCACCCUCACGUGAGUUCUCUUGGCUUCUGGCAGCCAUCUUGGUGCCUUUCAAUCCAUCUUGCAGAUGAUUGGCCCCAGUCAGCAGUUAAAAAAACAAUCAUGUUUAUAUUUGGCCACCGCUGCAUCAUUGGCACUCUGACACGAGGCUUUGGUCAUGUGACCACUGUCCAGAUGCUCCCCUCCAAAAUAGUUUUAAAAAGAUAAAUAUCUAACUGGAUGCGGGAAAAACAACCCCGUGGCACCUAAAAAAGCAAAAAUAACCUGCUGAUGUAAACGAAAAAGGAACAAAAAAAAACAUAUCCAUCCAAACUUCCAGCCAAGACCAGGACCACGGAGAGCCUGACCCCUUCACUCCUCCACCGACAGGAGUACGGCUCCGUUGCUGGCGUGGGGCUGAAUGACGACGGCAGUGUCCUCACCUGCAGCGGGUGACACACACGAUGUUUCACGGUCAAAUGCUGGGUGCUGGUUCCCAAAAGACUGCAAUCUAUCUGUGGAG